GCGCGUCGAGCGGAAAUGGGGAUGGGUGUGUGUGUGUAUGUUUGUGUAGAGGCGAGAAGGAAGAGAGCCUUGAAAAGGCCCGCGACGGACAGACAGGCAGGCUCGUUAUGCAGUCAGGGUGUAGAAUGGCCGUGACGCGCGUGCGCACACUCGGGAGAGCUGGCACGGGAAGCGCGUGCGCGGUGUUUGCUGGGAGGUUUGAGUGGUUCGCUGAGGUAAAAGGCGGUGAAAGACUCGCGCUGAGGGAAGAGUUUCUGCGUUUGGAACCAGAAGUCGGGAGGAACCCGGGGGUGAGGGGAGCUGAAUGGAGCAGGGGCCGAAUGUGAAUUAAAAUGAGCAAACGGAAGUUGAAGGACGAUAGCUUUACAAAUGGGGAAUGCAUUUCAAAGGUUCAAAAAAUAUUACAUGAAAGAUUCUGUCACCUGAAUCCAAAUGGAAAGUUAUUUGGACUUGAGCAUCAAUAUAAACAGUUACUUGAGCUGAUAAAACAUACUGCCAUUAAUGGGGAAAGCAAUUCUGUACUUGUUAUUGGACCACGAGGGUCAGGAAAGACUCUGUUAGUUUGCCAUGUCUUAAAAAAACUUUUGGAAAUAAAGGAGGUGAAAGAGAACAUCUUGCAGGUACAUUUAAAUGGAUUAUUACAGACCAAUGAUAGAAUUGCUUUGAAGGAGAUGACAAGACAGCUAAAUUUGGAGAAUGUGGUUGGAGAUAAAGUUUUUGGUAGCUUUGCAGAAAAUCUUGCAUUUCUUCUGGAAGCAUUAAAGAAAGGAGAUCGUGACCACAGUUGCCCUGUUUUGUUCAUUCUAGAUGAGUUUGAUUUGUUUGUCCAUCAUAAGAAUCAAACAUUACUAUAUAACCUCUUUGAUAUAUCACAAUCUGCACAGACGCCUAUAGCUGUUAUUGGUCUGACUUGUAGGCUGGAUAUUCUAGAACUCAUGGAGAAAAGAGUGAAGUCAAGAUUUUCCCACCGGCAAAUAUACUUAAUGAAUUCCUUUGAUUUUAAAACAUAUUUGAAUAUUUGUAAAGAACAGUUAUCCCUUCCUCCAGAAUUUCCAGAAAAGUCCUUUAUCCAGAAGUGGAAUAGACACAUACAGUCUCUUCUAGAAGACAUAAAAGUUCAAGAUGUUCUACAAAAUCAAUUUUAUUAUAAUAAAGACCUGCGGUGUCUAUUCAUGUUGCUGAUGCUUGCUUCAAAUAAUAUAACUGCGUCCCACCCUUAUAUUCGUGUCUCUGACUUCCUGGAAGCCAAUAAAGUAUGCAGAAUGGACACAAAAGCAAAUAUUGUGCAUGGUUUGUCUGUGCUGGAAUUGUGUCUCAUAAUAGCUAUGAAACAUUUAAAUGAUACUUAUGAAGGAGAACCAUUUAAUUUUCAGAUGGUUUAUCAUGAAUAUCAGAAGUUUGUACAGAGGAAAGCGCAUACUGUGUAUAAUUUUGAGAAGCCUGUUGUCAUGAAGGCCUUUGAACGCUUGCAGCAUCUUGAAUUGAUAAAACCCGUAGAAGGCCCAUCUAAUUCUGUACAAAAAGAAUAUUUGCUAAUGAAACUGCUCCUGGACGACAGCCAAGUUAUGGAAGCUUUGCAGGUGUAUCCAAACUGUCCAACGGAUGUCAAACAAUGGGCUACAACCUCAGUUCAUUGAUUAUAUAUAUUUAAUAAGUUUGAGUUGCAUUGAAGUUAACCAGUCUUCAAAACCAGUGAUUCUUAGGUGAAUAAAAUUGACAUUAAAGUAUCUUAAAAACUCAUGUGUUCUGUUAUAGUUCGGUAGGGAAGUAAGGUUUUUUUUUUUUCAGAGAGUUGAACAAACUCAAAAUCAUUUUGUGAACAUAGUAGUAGUUACUCAAGACACAGGAACUACUUUCUUACUUUUAAAAUACAAUUCCAAUAAAAAUCUAAUUUUAGUAUAUUAUACCUAUUUGAAUAUUGUAGUCCCUGACAAAGUGGCAUUGUAAGCACAAGCAACCUAGAUAAGACAUUUCUGUUCUCUAUAAAAUGUGAUAAUAUUGCAGACUUGGAGCUAGGACCAUAAGAAAAAAUCUUUUAAUAAUAGAGACAUAAUUCCUAUCUACUCUUCAUUGAAUUAAUGCAUUGUAAAGUUAGAUACUAAAGGCAAUCUUGUUUGUAAAUUACCAGAUUAUAUGGUUAUCUACCUAACGAGACUGAAAAGUAUAAUUUGGUUUUAUGGAUUAUUCACAUUAAAAGAUCUGUUUUCAGAUUUAAAAAGGCUGUUGGUGUGAAAUUUUUGUAGGAUGGGCAAUUAGUUUAAUAAAUUGUUGCAAUAAAACAACAUUCAAAAUAUACUGAGGCACUGCCUUGAUUCAUCUAAUAAUACAUAUAUGUAUUCACAUAUAUGAACUGUGUAGUUCCAAUCAUUUGCAUUGGUUUUUACUGCCAUUUGAAGCAAAGCCUCAAAACUGUCCUCAUUUUAAAACAAAAUAAUACAAUUAAAUCUGAAAUGCAAAAUGUACAAACAAAAGUUAAACCCUAAUUGAUA